GACAGUCUGUGAUAACAACAGAGUUAUCCGAAAGUGAACGUUACUUCCUGUAGAGCUCGCACGGUUUUAUUAGCUGGAAGAUGGAGUCUGAGUUCAGUUCAGGCACAAAUUUAGGGAAUGACAGUAAUGAACCAGGGGCUAAGGGAGCGGCCCUGUUGCUUGUGAUCGGGGAACCGAACACGGAGGAUCAUAAAAAUGUUAUUUUAGAGGAGAUCACUAAAGCUUUCAAGUACUGGAGUUCUGAAAAUGUUGACAUCAACGAUGAGCUUGCCAGAAUUGCCAACCAUGCUGCCAGUGGGGAGGAAGGCCCUAAUGUCCCAUAUCCACCUGGACCGCACCAAGAUGGUGCUAGAGAAAGGGUCAUCCGUCACCGAUCUGAAAGAAUGGCAGCCGAGAUCCUGGUUAACCCUCAGUUACAGACCCUUACAGCGGCCCUGAAAAACUUCUUCAGUAUCGACAUGCCGUAUAAACACCUGAUCUUCGCUGGCCACUACAUGGAGGGCAGCGGUGCAUGGGUCCUUCAAGACGACAUCUUCUCUGUAUCAAAGUUGGUCAGCAUUCUGAACGAUCUCAAAACCAACAUUCAGAGCGAGAAAUUCUGUGUUCAUUGUCACCAGGAGGGAGAGUGGAGGCAGGUUAAUCUGCUGAAAAUUGCUGGAUUAAAGGAACAUGGAUUUGCUGUUUCACCAACAGAGACACAGACAAACCACCAUGGAAUUAUCCAGUUUGUUGCUUACGUAUCAAAUUUUGUCAAAGCCAUGACCUUAACUGACCUGAUGAAAUCCACUGACCUGGUGGGAAGUCUGAAGUUCACGAAGCCCACCAUGUACAUAUUCCCAGGUUGUGAAGGGGAUUCUGCUCUGUUUGCCAUGAGGGAAUUCAAUCUCCUAGUUAAUGGUGGCUUCCGUAGAAAAUCGUGCUUCUGGGACUUUGCUCGACAUCUUGAAAGAGUGGAUGCUAUGUUGAUUACUCAUCUAGGUAUUGACAAUUUAUUUGGUUUGUCUUCCCUACUGCAUAGGAAGUCAUUAGGCCAAGUUCAAUCAGAUAUAGGAUAUGUGUACAUGAAUGCAACAGAUAAGUCAGCUUCUCUAAAUGGUUUUAAACAUAGUAGUUUGAAAAUCAACAUAGCUGAGGAAGGAACAGAGAUUGUGGAAGCCUGUAAAAAGAUUGGCCUAACCCCCCAUCCAUGCACCAGAGGAAACACCAGUCAACCUUUGGCACCUGUGAACCUAUAUCAUAAGGUAGGCCAUGGAACAUUGGAUAUGUAUGUUCUUAAUCCAGUAGCAGAUAGCAAGGAACUGAAAGAAUUCUUACAACAAUGGCAGAAAAAUGGUGCAGAUUUUGGACUCUCUCAAGGCAUGCCACUUCCUAAUCUAGUCUCCAUAUGUGCUCUAUUAGUCUGGAAACCAGCAAAUCCCAAUGAAAAAAUCAACAGAAUUCUAUUUCCUGGAAAUGCACCUCAGCACAAGAUUGCAGAGGGCUUAGAAAAACUGAAACAUUUAGACUUUUUGAAGUAUCCUAGUUGCAGUGCUAAGGACUUGAGUUCGAAAGGAGCUACGAAAAAGUCAGCAUCUGCAAAACCUCCCUCUGGUAAACCUGCAGCAGGGAGACUUUCUCUUGAUACUGGAAAACAUGCAUCCAAACCUGUUAAUGACAACAGCAAAACUGCACCAUCUAGAUCUUUAAAUGGCCACAACAAACCAUCCAAAUCAGCUGAACAAAAAGCACCACCAAAAUCGAUAAGCGAUUCUAUGGUUUCCAGAAAAGCUGAACCAACCAAAACAGACAAGAAGGACACACAUGCCCAACGCUCCAAGUCGGACUUAAAUAAGUCUGUGGAUAAACAUAAGAGUAAGCCAGCAGGAGCAGAGGGAAAAGAAUCUCCAAGACAUACUACACCAAAACCAUCCAAGGUAGAUGCCAAGAAAACUUCUAAACCUGCAGAAGAAAAGCCAUCCACAAAAAGUACAUCUUCAAAAUCUUCACCCAUAAAGGAAGCUAAACCCAUUGCAGAAUCAACACCUAAGAAAGCUUCACCUACGAAAGAAACCAAACAAAGUAAAGAGACAAGCAAAUGUGCUUCAGAGGCAGUGGUCCCUGCUCCAGUUAUUCCACCACAACCAGACAUAGCACCAGAACCACAGGUUUUAGCUGAACCAGAAAUUGCACAAGAACCUGUACAGAAAGAUCUAGAGUUAGAUAUGUCUGCCCCAGUCCCAAGUCAACCAGAACAGCAGCCAAAUACUGGAAGUCUGUUAGACUUUGAUCAAUUUUCCAGUACUCCUCAAGAAAAUGAUGUUAGUGGAGCUCCAGUACAGCAGCAGAACUUUAUGGAUGAUCCAUUUGCAAUGGGUCAGUCUCAACAAGAUCCGUUUUCGAUGGGUCAGCCUCAACAAGAUCCGUUUGCGAUGGGUCAGUCUCAACAAGAUCCGUUUACAAUGGGUCAGUCUCAACACGAUUCUGUCCCUGAUGAUCAAGAUCUCAUCCAACCUGCCUCACUGCCAGAUCCAGUGGCAUAUUCCCCACAGGAACCAGAUGUAAUACCAGAGUCAUUUCCAAAGGAUAUGUCUGGGUCUUUCAUUCAACCAGAGACUGACUUGAUAGGAGAGCCAGAUGUUGUUCCUCCCAUUCAAGCUGAUAAGCCAGUCCUUGAUGACUUUGUUUCUGGAGUGUCUAGUCCAGACACUCAAUUGAAGGAAAGCCCUGUAGAGGACCCUUUGGGUGAACUAAAGGAAAGCCCAACAGAAGAACAAUUAGUUGAAAAAUGUCCUGAGGAAGACUUAACAGAAAUAUCUAAUCCAGACACUCAAUUAAAGGAAAGCCCUGUAGAGGACCCGUUGGGUGAACUGAAGGAAAGCCCAACAGAAGAACAAUUAGUUGAAAAAUGUCCUGAGGAAGACUUAACAGAAAUAUCUAAUCCAGACACUCAGUUAAAGGAAAGCCCUGUAGAGGACACUUUGGGUGAACUGAAGGAAAGCCCAACAGAAGAACAAUUAGUUGAAAAAUGUCCUGAGGAAGACUUAACAGAAAUAUAUAAUCCAGACACUCAAUUAAAGGAAAGCCCUGUAGAGGACCCUUUGGUUGAGCUGAAAGAAAACCCAAUGGAAGAACAAUUAGUUGAAGAAUCUCCAGAGGAAGACUUAGAGGAAAUGCAGCCAUCUGAAAACAAAUUAGGUGAAAAUGAUACAACUAUAGACCCAACAGAAAUAGAGAGAUUAACAGAAAGAGAAACAAAGUCACCUGUGGAACCAGCGGCCACUACAAUGGAUGCUUUGGAUGAAGUAGUGGCUGAGGUGGAAGAUGGAGAAGAAUCCCCAGAUGAAGUGGACAGUCAAGGUGAUUCUGCUGAAAUCACUGCUGAUCCUGACAGUCAAGGAAGUCAGGAAGAGAUCAAAGAUGGAGACAUUGAGGAGAAUGUAUCUCCAUUUGCAUUUGAAAACCAAGGCUUCACAGAUCUAUCCCAAAACCAGGAUGAAGGAGUCCAGGAAAUGUCUGAACAGACAAAUUCACCGGAGGAAGAAAAGAGUGAUGAUGUUCAAGAAGUUGCUGAAGAGGAGGUGGAAGAGGAGCCUGAAAUGAAGGAAGAAUCUCAUGUUGGUCCACACGAGGUUGCUGGACAAGACCAGGUUUGCACAGAACCAGCUGAAAUUAUAUUUGAUGAUGGAUUCCAUGAGAGUGAAAAUAACAUACAGAGGGAAAUCAAUUAUCAAGGCAAUGGUGCACCACUUGACAGCAUUCGUGAGGAGGAGGACAUUGGGCAUGGAAACAAAACUGAUCAAAAGGAAGGUUUAAAUCCAUUUAAUGGUUUGGAUCAGGCUCAGAUAAAUCAACCAAUGCAAGACCAGAAUCCAUUUGCCUCAGAUGAUCCAUUCCAUGGACAGCUCAGUAUGGGAUACCAGCCAUCAAAGGAGCCAGUUAAUUUGAGACAAAUUCCUUGUCAGGAAGGAUAUGAAUUUGAUCCUGAUGGAGAAGAGGAAGCCAGGCCAGACAGUGAUGAAGAAAUUGUAGGAAAUCAAGAAGAGCAAUUUAACCCAGAGGCAGAGUGGGGAAGACCAAUGGGUCUUCCAUCCCCACCUCCUCCUGAAGAGAAGAAAGAGAGCAAUGCAUCCAAAAAUGAGAAAGUGGCCAAUGGCAAAGGCCAAGUGAAUGGAAAACAAGCCAAACCUACUAAUUCCAGUAAGGAACCAACCAAGAGCUCCAGCACCACUACAACAAGGAAAGAAAAAUCUUCUGUCAGUAAGUCAACUGCUUCUUCCACUUCAAAGACAGUAACAGAAAAGAAAGGAGGGUUAAACACCUCAAGAUUGGAGACCUCCAGAACAGAGAGGUUGAACACGUCCCGUCUGGAGACAUCUUCCACUACCAGAGCUCGUCCAGCCAGUGCUGCAGUUGGAGAACCAAAAACAAAGUCAGCCCCCAGAAGACCUGCCACAGCCACUGGGACCACACGUGCCUCACCAACAGCUACCAAGAUGCCAGCCAUGCCAGCAAUGCAUUCUUACUACAUGGAUUUGGCCUACAUCCCCAAUCAUGGCAAUCCUGCCACAUGUGAUGUGGAAUUUUUUAAGAGAGUCCGAGCAAAGUAUUAUGUAUACAGCUCCAUGAAUCCUAACACACACACCCUGAAUGCUCUGUUAGAUGCUAAGGCAACUUGGCAGGAACCAGAUUUACAAGUUACUCUGAUACCAACGUAUGAUACAGAUGUCCUCAGGCAAUGGAUGGUAGAGAAGCAAGAGAAACUAGCAGAAUUGAAAGUGGAGGUGGCACCGUCCGCAAGCAGAUGUACCGUACAACUCCAGGAACACGAAACCUGUUGUCUGGCUUACAGACUUGAAUUGAGCAACCAAGCAUGAAAUGGAUUGUCCACAGAUGUGUGACCGUGCAUGAAAUAAGAUGGAAGUGCGAGCUUUGUUAGUUGACUAUGUGCCUAAAUUCUCUAUGUGAUUGUGGAGUUUCAUUUGAACAUGAAAUGUUCAAUGUUGAUACAAAACCAGUUAGUUGUGAUGUUUGUUCAUUUUGCUUGCUUUGAUGGCGUUUCAUUUCCUUUGCACCAUACUGUGUACUGUUGAGAAAUGUAAGAGAUGAACUAGAGGAAGUUUUUUUCCAUAAAAAUUGUGUAUGUGUGUCAGUAUUUGUCUGUUUAUGAGUUUUGUGUUGUGAAAAUAUUCUUUUGACUAAAGUUUAUGAAAUGAUGGGUCCAUGUCGUUGGUUCAUUGAUCUGUGACCGAUGUGUCAUAAGUCUCAUUCAUUUUCGUUUGAUGCAGUAAGUAAUUGUUUUGCACCCUUGCUUCCAUCUUUGUUUCUCAUAAUUAUUAAAAAGUGAAAAUCCUGAAGGAAGAGGAGUUGAGCAUUAUUUUUUAGUGAUAAAUUUGAAAUAUACAUGUAGUAGCAUUAUGUAACAUAUGGAGUAUUUGAAACUUAGUUGAGAAAAGAUGCAGUGUUAGCAGAGAACUUUUAGAAUUUUUCCAGUGAAAGCUUUCAGUAAAUACACUUUCUAACUUUUUUGGUUAAGGAAUGUGCACUGUGUGGAUGACCAGUUUCUGCUUUUCUUCAUGUACUGCCUUUUAUUCAGACACUGCAGGUUGUUGUAAAUGUAACUGUGUAAUUCAACUUGUAUCAGUUUAUUAAGUGCACACCAUUCAUAGCUGCUGAUCGUUUAUGUUGUGAUGUGAAAGAAAAUGGAUGAAGAAGGCCUUGAAUUUGUUCGUUUGUCAACAGAAUAUUAGUUUGUUGAUUUGACAGAAUACCAGUUUGACCACAGAAUUUAUGUGUGUAAAACAUAAUGAAAACUUAAGAUGCAGUGAAUUAGUACUUGUAAAAUUAAUCUAGUCAAGAAAAUAUUACUAGGUAGUAACCAGAGAUUUGAUGGUGCUUUUUGUUUCAUGGUUUCUGUACUUAGCAUUUUUUUUGUUACUUAAUGGUCAUAUGGCAACACAUAAGCGGCCAUGGUGACUAUGAAUUUGAAUUUUCUUUUAACUCUUCAAAUCCUGAAUGUGAAUUGUAGGAAUUUCUUGGAUAGCAAAAUGGAGAAUGUAAUUGUAUGAUUAAAGGACUAACAACAUCUUCACAAUCCAGGAUUAUUGAUUCAUUACCUAGCAUUGCAAGUAUGAGGUAACGAAUCAAUAACCCUUGACUUGUGAAGAUGGUGUUAAAAUCAUAAGUGGAAUAGUAUGAUUUUUGUCGGAGAAAUCUGUACAUGUAUGAUAAAGUGUACUUAUCUGACAGUUGUGAGUGAUUGUGCUAAUAUGUUGUCAAUUUUUCUUUUUUAUAUUUUAUAACUUUUUUUGUAUGCAUAUUUAUAUAUUUGUCAAUUUUUUCAUUCCUUAACCUUUUUUUGUGCCAAUAUGUCACUGUGCAUUGAUAAAAAGCAAAUAAAACUGCCUACAUUAUU